AGUGGCCGGCUGAGCCUCACACUUUCUCCUGGUUUUUAAACUAUCGGGUCUGAGGAGCAGGAAUAAAGCUGUAGGGUAAGACUGGCCAGGGGUGUGUCCUUGCGGGCUUCCCGCCAGCGCAGGGCUGCUAGCCUCUCGAUCCAAGUGGGGAGCAGGCGAGUGGAAGGACAGGCAGGCAGGUGGCCCCAGGCUGCAGCUCCCGCGCCUAGGCUCUGCCCCCAGGAGAGGAGCGGAGAGAGCCUCUACUCCCUCGUGGUGUGAGGGCGGUGAUGUUUUUCCUCCCACCCACUUUGGAGUCCCCCCUCCUCCCGCGCGCACUCUAACUCACACCACAACCUGCAAGUCUCAGACCUCGGAGGAGCGCCCCGGAGAGCUCAGAGCGCGCACGCGUGGCAGACAGACGGAGGAGGCCAGUGAUCAGCUUGUGUCCACUACAUCUUGAAGGUUCUGCAUUACGUUUUGCAGUAGCCCAAAUGUGGAAAAAGUGGAAAAUGGGAGGCAUGAAAUACAUCUUUUCCUUGUUGCUGUUUCUGUUUUUUCUCGAAGGAAGCAAAACAGAGCAAGUAAAACAUUCAGAGACAUAUUGUAUGUUUCAAGACAAGAAGUAUAGAGUGGGUGAGAAAUGGCAUCCUUACCUGGAACCAUAUGGGUUGGUUUACUGUGUGGGCUGCAUCUGCUCAGAGAAUGGGAAUGUUCUUUGCAGCCGAGUCAGAUGUCCAAAUCUUCAUUGCCUCUCUCCUGUGCAUAUUCCUCAUUUGUGCUGCCCUCGCUGCCCAGAAGACUCCUUACCCCCAGUGAACAAUAAAGUUACCAGUAAGUCAUGUGAGUACAAUGGGACCACUUACCAGCAUGGAGAGCUGUUCGUGGCUGAAGGGCUCUUUCAGAACCGACAACCCAAUCAGUGCACCCAGUGCAGCUGUUCGGAGGGGAAUGUAUAUUGUGGUCUCAAGACUUGCCCGAAAUUGACCUGUGCUUUCCCAGUCUCAGUUCCAGAUUCCUGCUGCCGGGUAUGCAGAGGGGAUGGAGAAUUAUCGUGGGAACAUUCUGAUGGUGAUAUCUUCCGGCAACCUGCCAACAGAGAAGCAAGACAUUCUUAUCCCCGUUCUCACUAUGAUCCCCCACCAAGUCGACAAGCUGGAGGGCUACCUCGCUUCUCUGGGGCCAGAAGUCACCGGGGAACUCUUAUAGAUUCUCAGCAAGCAUCAGGGACUAUCGUGCAGAUUGUCAUCAAUAACAAACACAAACAUGGACAAGUCUGUGUUUCCAACGGAAAGACCUAUUCCCAUGGCGAGUCCUGGCACCCAAAUCUUCGGGCAUUUGGCAUUGUGGAGUGUGUACUAUGUACUUGCAAUGUCACCAAGCAAGAGUGUAAGAAAAUCCACUGCCCUAGCCGAUACCCCUGCAAGUAUCCUCAAAAAAUAGAUGGAAAGUGCUGCAAGGUGUGUCCAGGUAAAAAGACAAAAGAAGAACUUCCAAGCCAAAACUUUGACAGCAAAGGCUACUUUUGUGGAGAAGAAACAAUGCCUGUGUAUGAGUCUGUUUUUAUGGAGGAUGGGGAAACAACCAGAAAAAUAGCACUGGAGACGGAAAGACCACCUCAGGUAGAGGUCCAUGUUUGGACCAUUCGAAAGGGCAUCCUCCAGCACUUCCACAUUGAGAAGAUUUCCAAGAGGAUGUUUGAGGAGCUUCAUCACUUCAAGUUGGUGACCAGGACAACCCUGAGCCAAUGGAAGAUUUUCACUGAAGGAGAAUCUCAGAUCAGCCAGAUGUGUUCAAGUCGAGUGUGCAGAACAGAGCUGGAAGAUUUGGUCAAAGUUUUAUACCUGGAGAGGUCUGAAAAGGGCCAUUGCUAAGCAAGACUGACAGGAUUGGACCGUGUUAAGCAAGAAAGCUCAAGCUGCAGCCGGUCUGCCAGCUUAUUUUGCUUAAGUCAACAGUGCCCUAAAAUCCCAAACACAAAUGCAGUCAAUUAUUCACGCCAUGCACAGUGUAAUUUGCUCCCCUAUGUGCAGUGGUGUGUCAGCCCUUAGACAUCUCCUCUAAAGAGACUAGAAGACUUAUGAAUGAUUUGUGGGAGGAGGAGGGAUGGAAUACCACCUCUAGUUUACUAGAAAAUCACAUUUGUUUGCAGGUUAAAGAGUUAACAAAACCCCCAUGUUUGUAUCUAGACAGUGACUCAAUGAAAGAGAAAAGAAUUACUUAGCAAGAGUUUGGAGUACAGAGCAAUUAAUUGACUCGGAAUGUUAGUGUGUCUUUUGUUCUGUAAACAAGAAAAGAAAACUGACUCUGGGACUGCAGAUACUGCUCAGUAGUAGAGUGGCAGCAUAGCAUGCUUGAGGCUCUGGGCUCCAUACCCAGCACUGCAGAAAACAUUAAGUUCCCAUCCCCAGACACAGACAUCAUACCUACACACAUGUGCACAUGAACCUAUAGCCUCCAUUUUGCCAUUCUGUCGCUCCCAAUUACCUAGGAGGUUGUUGGUGGCCAGAAAAGUAAAGAAUUAAAAGCAGAGGCUUUCCUUUAAGCCUUUGAAGUGGAUGUUGUAGUCAUUAAAUGUAGUGGCAGAGUGAAGGAUAGGCACCUCAUUUUGUGACCUUAUUAAGUUUGAAAUGAUAAAUAACUUUCCCUAAUCAUCCCUUCUCUCACAUCUUGAGAUACUUUAUAAAGAUGUUAGAAAUGAGUACAGUACUCAGAAAUUGAAUCUAUGUAAAACAAAGUAAGUUGAAGACAGGAAAGGAUAAAAGUCAAGCAAGCUGUUUUUGUUACCCCAGCAAAAACUUACCAAUUAGUAGAUGGAUACUCAUUAAUUUCCUUGAGGAUAUAUUUGUCUAGUCAGAAAAUUUACAUUGAAGCUCAUUUAAAGGUCAGUUUUUCUCUUCCAAUUAUAAGAAUUUUUUUGUUUGCCUUUGGGGGAUAUUUUUGCUUUGCAAAGAAACUUAAUCUUGAUGUAACUGAAGAGCUAAGAGAGUUAUUGUUCAUUUAGGAAGCAGAGAAUUCUGAUAAAGAUUUUUCUCUAAACCUUACUUCCAACCUUGCAUUUUCUGCAUGGAUUUGAAUUGGAGAUACUAGAGAAGGCUGUUUCUAUAAUGUCUGUUUGUAGCCCAAGCACCACAGCAUAAGUUAUCCACUCUAAGGCCCGACUUUAAAAAUGAUUUUGUGCAAAAAUAAAUCCUUUUUUAAAUUUAAUUUUGAUUGUCAAGGUGAUAUACAGAGGGGUCACAGUCACAUAAGUCAGGAAAGGAGUACAUUUCUUUUUGAACAGUGUCUCCCCCUCCCUCAAACAAUAAAUACUUUAGAGCAAAAGUACUUAAGCCUAUGUUCUGGAUUCAUCACUUAUGAUGAACUCUAGUGAAUACUAAGAUGAAUUAAGAAUUCAGAAAUACCAUAUUUCCCACUAUAAAACCAAUAUGAUAGCAUGUUUUUCUGUAGUGUAUUUGAAAUGGAUAGGGAGAAAUGUAAGAAAUCUAGACAAUACAGUCACCUGGCAUAAAAUAAUCAGUUUCCAUGAAAGAGACAUAGAGGCCUUGUUACCAGGACAAGCCUCUCACUAGCUCAUCACACACAUUCUCCUCAGGAAAGGAAGAUUGGACACCCUGGGCUGCAAGGUAUAGAGCAUUAUCAUGGGGGAGAAGAGUAAAUGGCCACCCUUUCAAAGCCAUUAGUAUUGCCAUAAUGUGGAGACCAAUAACCAGAUCUCUGAAGCAAAAUGGUGAUUCCCCUUUUGGAUGAUUCACCACAAAGCCUUCCCACCCAGGUGUUCUCUGAAAGCUCAGCCUUAAGGGAACACCCAGAGAACUUCCCUAGUCUUCUGUCUCUAGGUGCUGGGACAUGCCUUUCCAAAGCACUUUGGAAGCAGGAACCAGGGAACUGAGUAAAGUCAAUAUGGAAACCCUCCAGUAUUCGGUGUUGUGUCAGGAGUAGGACAUAGCAAAAAGAGGCUAAGCCACCUGUAGUUAAUAGAGAAGAAUGGAUAUGGUUCUUCUUGUGUAUUUAUUUGUAUCAUAAACACACUUGGGACAACAAGACCAUGGCACCAUUUUGCAGUUAUAGCCGCUUUCUUCUUAGCUCAUGUAAACAAGUAAAAGUAACAUAACAGUAUUACACUUUCACUGUUCUUAUUGGACUUGUACCAAUCAAUGGUACUUAUUUAUGUAGUCACUGUGUUUCUGGAUCUCUAAAUUAAUAAAAUUGUAAUUUUGAAAAUUCA